CCGCUGCCUUCACACACGCGCCAGUCAGUCACUGGGAUGCGCGAGACCCAGCAGCCACCGAGCAUAUAGCGCGGGAUAAAACGAAAGCUUACCAAUAAUUAAAGAUCCUUCCUUUCUUUUUGUCGAAGGAGGAUAAAGCAGAUGUUGCAUGCGGAAUGGAAUUAGAUUUUUGUUCCACAGAACCAAAGACACAAUGAGAGGGUCUAGGUUUAGAGAUCACUGAACAUUCGGUUUAAACGCAUAUCAGCAGUACAUUAUAGUUGUUUUGCUCUGUGAAAAAAAAUAGUUAAUUUUCUCCUGAAGUGCUGGAUUGUACCUAACUUGACAUGGCUCUUUUAGUCCACCUAAAAACAGUCCGGGACCUUCGCGGAAAGGGGGACAGAAUCGCCAAAGUCACAUUUCGAGGUCUGUCGUUCUACACAUGUGUUCUGGAGAACUGUGAGGAUGAGGCCAGAUUUGAUGAGAUGUUCCGAUGGCCGAUCGCCAGUAGAGUGGAUGAAAACGAGAUACUGGAGCUUCAAGUGUUCAACUACAGCAAAAUCUUCACCAACAGAGUCAUUGGAACCUUCCGGAUGGUUCUACAGAAGGUGGCGGAGGAGGGGCAGCUGGAGGUGACAGACACACUCAUCGAUGACAACAACACCGCCAUACGGACUAGUGUUACCGUAGACAUCAAGUACACGACCAUGGAUGGGACAGUGGGGGUGUGGAGUGAUGGGGAAUUCCUGGACGUUCCGGGCGACCCAGAGGGAACGUUCCAGUUUGAGACAGACAGCCUGCUUUCCGGACACAGCCAUGGAUCAGGAUCAGGAGUGUCUCCUGGACGAUCCAUCCACGGAAUUCCCACUUUCAGGAAAGCAGGGAAAGGGGUAUUCUCAGCCAUGAAGCUCCACAAGACCAAGAGCUCCAGAGAUGACCACAAGAAAGAUGAGCCAGCCACCCUGGACAUGGAGGAUCUGGACAGGAAGGCCUUGCGUCUGGGAGGGUUUGGUGGUCUGGACCCAGACUGCAUCUCCCUGGCGUCCGUCACCGCCGUCACCACCAAUGUCUCCAACAAGAGGUCAAAGCCUGAUAUCAAGAUGGAACCUAGUUCUGGGAGGCCUGUGGAUUACCAGAUUAGCAUCACAGUGGUCGAGGCCAGGCAGCUGGUAGGCCUAAACAUGGACCCUGUGGUCUGUGUGGAGAUUGGGGAAGACAAGAAGUACACCUCCAUGAAGGAAUCCACCAACUGCCCCUACUACAAUGAGUAUUUUGUCUUUGACUUCCACGUCCCACCAGAUGUCAUGUUUGACAAGAUCCUCAAGCUCUCAGUGAUCCACUCCAAGAACCUGCUGCGGAGUGGAACCUUGGUUGGCACCUUCAAGCUAGAUGUUGGCACAGUCUAUUCCCAGCCUGAGCACCAGUUCUACCACAAGUGGGCCAUGCUGUCUGACCCUGAUGACAUCACAGCGGGGUGCAAAGGUUACAUCAAGUGUGACAUUGCCGUGGUGGGGAAGGGGGACAAUAUCAAGACUCCCCACAAAGCCAAUGAGACGGAUGAAGACGACAUAGAGGGGAACCUCCUGCUUCCAGAGGGAGUUCCGUUGGAGAGGCAGUGGGCGCGGUUCUAUGUGAAGAUCUACCGAGCUGAGGGCCUUCCCAAGAUGAACACCAGCAUCAUGGCCAAUGUGAAGAAGGCCUUCAUAGGGGAGAACAGAGACCUGGUGGACCCCUACGUACAAGUGGUCUUCGCUGGACAGAGAGGGAAGACUUCUGUCCAGAAGAGCAGUUAUGAGCCCAUCUGGAAUGAGCAGGUGGUCUUCACUGAGAUGUUUCCUCCGCUCUGCAAACGCAUCAAGGUCCAGAUACGAGACUCUGACAAAGUCAAUGACGUUGCCAUAGGAACGCACUUCAUUGACCUGCGAAAGAUCGCCAACGAUGGUGACAAAGGGUUCCUCCCCACCAUGGGCCCAGCCUGGGUCAACAUGUAUGGCUCAACCCGUCACUACACUCUGAUUGAUGAGCACCAGGACCUGAAUGAGGGGCUGGGGGAAGGUGUGUCCUUCAGGGCCCGCCUCCUCAUCUCUGUUGCCGUAGAGAUCCUGGACACCACCUCCACUGAGAUUGUGAGCUCCACCGAGGUGCAGGUAGAGACUGUCUCCAACAUCUCAGAGAGUGCCACAGGGAAAAUAGAGGAAUUCUUCCUAUUUGGUUCCUUCCUGGAGGCCACCAUGAUUGACAGGAAGAUCGGCGAUAAGCCAAUCAGUUUCGAGGUCACAAUAGGUAACUACGGCAACCAAAUAGACGGAGUGAGCAAGCCCACCGCAGCUAAGAAGAAGAAGAAAGAGGGAGGAGGAGAGAGUGAUGAGGAAGAGUCAGAGCUGAUCCAGCAGAACUCCAGUGAGGACGAGGCGGAUGAUGAUGGGGACCUGGUGUCUGUGUCCUCCACCCCUCCCAUGAAGCCUGUCAUCACAGACAGGAACUACUUCCACCUGCCCUACUUUGAGAAGAAGCCAUGUAUCUACAUCAAGAGCUGGUGGCAGGACCAGAGGAGACGACUCUACAACUCAAACAUCAUGGACAAGAUCGCUGACAAAAUGGAGGAGGGUCUGAAUGACGUGCAGGAGGUCAUUAAGACAGAGAAGGCCUAUCCAGAGCGCAGACUCCGAGGGGUGCUGGAGGAACUCAGCACUGGCUGCAAUCGUUUCGUCACUUUGGCCAACAAGGACCAGAACCAGGCAGGCAGAACCAAACUGGACAAAGAGAGACUCAAGUCCUGCAUGAGAGAAAUGGAGAGCAUGGGGCAGCAGGCCAAGCUGAUUCGCUCCCAGGUGAAGAGGAACACGGUUAGAGACAAACUGAAGAUGGUUCAAAACUUCCUGCACAGGCUCCGUUUCCUUGCCGACGAGCCCCAGCACAGUAUCCCAGACGUGUUUGUAUGGAUGAUGAGUAACAACAAGCGUGUUGCCUACGCCCGCAUCCCCUCCAAAGACAUCCUCUACUCCAUCGUAGACGAGGAGACAGGCAAGGACUGUGGCAAGGUCAAAGCUGUCUUCCUCAGGCUGCCUGGUAAGAAGGGCUUUGGCCCAGCGGGUUGGACAGUGCAGGCUAAGAUGGAGAUAUACCUGUGGCUGGGCCUCAACAAACAGAGGAAGGACUUCCUGUCUGGCCUGCCCAACGGCUUUGAAGAGAACAAGGCUCCCAGGACAAGCCCCUGUCUACAGUCUGUACCCCCCGUCAGUCUGGUUUACAACAUGAAGCAGGUAUUCCAGCUGAGGGCUCACAUGUACCAGGCCAGGAGUCUGUUUGCUGCAGACAGCAGUGGCUUGUCAGACCCCUUUGCCAGGGUAUUCUUCUCCACACAUAGCCAGGUCACUGAGGUCCUGAGUGAGACUCUGUGCCCUACGUGGGAUCAGCUGUUGGUGUUUGAGGAUGUUGAGCUGUUCGGAGAGGCCGGCGAGCUACGAGACGACCCGCCUAUCAUUGUGGUAGAGGUCUACGACCAGGACACUGUGGGCAAGGCAGAGUUCAUUGGUCGGACGUUUGCUAAGCCCAUCACUAAGAUGUGUGACGAGCACUACGGCCCUCCGAGGUUCCCCCCACAGCUAGAGUACUACCAGAUCUACCGUGGUAACUCUACCGCCGGUGACCUACUGGCUGCCUUUGAGCUGCUGCAGAUUCCCUAUGACGAUGAGGAGAUCAGGAGGGCUCUGAUUGCUGUCCAUGACUUUGCUGUUCCUCAGAUUAAGAUUGGACAAGGGGGGAGGGCAGAGCUUCCUCCCAUCGAUGGUCCGACAGACUCAGAACGUGGACCCAUCCUCCCUGUACCCAUGGGCAUCCGACCUAUCCUCAGCCGCUACCGCAUAGAGGUUCUGUUCUGGGGCCUGAGGGACCUGAGGAGGGUGAAUUUGGCCCUGGUGGACAGACCCAGGGUGGACAUAGAGUGUGCAGGGAGAGGAGUCCAGUCUGCUCUCAUUCAGAACUACAAGAAGAACCCCAACUUCAGCACCCUCGUCAAGUGGUUUGAGGUGGACCUGCCAGAGAAUGAGCUACUUCACCCUCCUCUGAACGUCCGGGUGGUGGACUGCAGAGCGUUUGGCCGCUACACCCUGGUGGGUUCCCAUGCCGUCACCAGCCUGCGACGGUUCAUCUACAGCCCCCCAGACAAGACACACAACAACUGGGCCAGCGCAGCUAGACUGAUGAAUGGCUACAUGGUCCUGACCAACGGGGGGUCCCAUUCUCGCCCCUGCUCCCCUUACUCCCGCACCCCACCUCGCACCUUCUCUCGCCCCACAGGUGAUGUCACAGUCAACAUGGAUGCCGACCCCUCAGUCAGGAAGAUGGACACGGUGGUCAAGUUAGACGCUACGUCUGAUGCAGUUGUUAAAGUUGAUGUGAACGAGGAGAAAGAAGAAAAGAAGAAGAAGAAGAAGAAGAAGAAGGGAGAGGUGGAGGAGGACGAUGAGACAGACGAGAGCAUGCUGGACUGGUGGUCCAAAUAUUUCGCUUCCAUAGAGACACUGAUGGAGAUCCUCAGGGCUCACGAGGCAGCUCUGGCCGAGGCAGAGGAGAGGGAGGACCAGGAGAUAGCAGCAGAGGGAGCAGAUAUCAAACCUGAUGACCUCCCUGUAAAAGGCUCCAAGGGGAAGGAGAAGAGCCGAGACAAGAGCAGGAACAAGGAGAAGAAGAAGAGCCACCAUGCAGGAGAGGAGACAGAGAAACACUCCAGCAAACCCAAAGUGGACGAGCUGCUGGUGUACAACAAGGAGCUGGAGGCAGAGUAUGAUAACUUUGAGGACUGGCUCCACACCUUCAACCUGUACAGAGGGAAGGCAGGGGACGACGAUGAAGCAGCCCUGGAUGACGACAGGAUCGUGGGCAGAUUCAAGGGCUCCAUGUGCAUGUACAAGUUGCCUCUGUCUGAGGAGAUCACCCGGGAGGUGGGCUUUGACCCAAACAUGGGCAUGUUCCAGAGCAUUCCACACAAUGACCCUAUCAACGUGCUCGUGCGCGUCUUCGUGGUCAGGGCCACAGACCUCCACCCUGCUGAUGUGAAUGGGAAAGCGGACCCCUAUGUUGUCAUCAAACUGGGCAAGUCAGAGCUGAAGGAUAAAGAGAACUAUAUCUCCAAACAGCUCAACCCUGUCUUUGGCAAGGCAUUUGACAUGGAGGCUACGUUCCCCAUGGAGUCCAUGUUGACCGUGUCAGUGUAUGACUGGGAUCUGGUGGGCACUGAUGACCUCAUCGGGGAGACCAAGAUUGACCUGGAGAACCGCUUCUACAGUAAACACAGAGCUACCUGUGGCAUCGCUAACAGCUACUCUGUACAUGGUUACAACGUGUGGCGUGACCCGAUGAAGCCAAGUCAGAUCCUGGCAAAGCUGUGUAAGGAGGGCAAGCUGGACGGCCCCCACUACGGUCCCGGGGGCAGGGUCAAGGUCGCCAACCGCGUCUUCAUGGGUGCCACAGAGAUCGAGGAUGAGAAUGGUCUGAAGAAGCAGACAGACGAGCACCUGGCCCUGACGGUGCUGAAGCACUGGGAGGAGAUCCCCAGGGUGGGCUGUAAACUCAUCCCAGAACACGUGGAGACAAGACCCCUACUCAACCCUGACCACCCUGGCAUUGAGCAGGGGCGGAUUGAGAUGUGGGUAGACAUGUUCCCCAUGGACAUGCCAGCACCUGGACCCGCCAUCGACAUAUCACCACGUAAACCAAAGAAAUAUGAGCUCAGGGUGAUUAUAUGGAAUACAGACGAAGUAAUACUGGAGGACGAUGAUUACUUCACUGGGGAAAAGUCCAGUGACAUAUUUGUCAGGGGCUGGCUGAAGGGUCAACAGGAGGACAAGCAGGACACAGACGUCCACUACCACUCUCUGACGGGCGAGGGGAAUUUCAACUGGCGCUUCGUGUACCCCUUCGACUACCUGAUGGCUGAGGAGAAGAUCGUCAUCUCCAAAAAGGAGUCCAUGUUUUCCUGGGACGAGACCGAGUACAAGAUCCCUGCACGCCUCACCCUGCAGGUCUGGGAUGCUGACCACUUCUCUGCUGAUGACUUUCUAGGUGCGAUAGAGCUGGACCUGAACAGGUUUCCCCGCGGGGCGAAGACAGCCAAGCAGUGUUCUAUAAACAUGGUCCAGAACCAGGCAGAGCUGCCCUGCAUCUCCAUCUUCAAACAGAAGAGAGUCAAGGGCUGGUGGCCAUUCGUGGCCCGUGACGAGAACGACGAGAUGGAACUCACGGGUAAAGUGGAGGCGGAGCUUCAUCUCAUGUCGGCAGAGGAGGCGGAGAAAAGUCCUGUUGGUCUUGGACGCAAUGAGCCUGACCCUCUGGAGAAACCAAAUCGGCCAGACACCACCUUCCUGUGGUUCCUGAGCCCCCUGAAGGCCAUCCGCUACCUGGUGUGUAACCGCUACAAGUGGCUCAUCAUCAAGAUGAUUGUGGCCCUGCUGCUGCUCAUGAUGCUGGGGCUCUUCCUCUACAGCAUGCCUGGCUACCUGGUCAAGAAGCUGCUGGGGGCCUGAGGGGGAUGAAUGAGUGGAUACAUACGGAGACAAGAUGAUUGCAGCCCCCCUCCCUCAACAUCCCAGCCCUGCCCCCGCCCCACCACCCAUCUAACCUUGGCAGUGCUGCUUAACACACAUUCUACUCAAAGUCGUUCUAUCUAUCCCUUGGACCUUUUAUCUAUCGCUUUAACUACUAAAAACUAAGAACGUCCAUAUAUCUUCUACUCUACAGUAGCACAGUGGGCCUAACCACUCCUGCGAUGACCACUGACUAACCAAUCAAACUCCUUGCCCCUGAUCUGAUCAUCAAUGAUGUGGCAUACCCUGAUGUAACAUUUUAGACAUUGUUUAUUUAUUUAUCUAUUUAUUUGUGACUUAAAUGAUUUGGAAGGACAUGGUUAGUGGUCAGUUGAUUGGCACUGUUGGUCUUGCAUGGAUAUACAUUUCUCAAGUGAUGUUGUAAUUUUUCCCAUUACUUCUAUUAUACGGCUGUUUUUAAAUGGGAAUCAUGGGGUUGGUUGGUGUGAUCACUUGAACUGGACAACAAAUGGAUUGUUCCCAACAGUUAAUGUUCCUCUUGCAGCCUUUGUACACAUCUUAAAUAAUGAUGAAGAGAUUGAACAACAGAUGUCUAUUUUUUUUCUAGAGGAACAAAGAGUACAAUAAUAACUUUUGAAUAUUUAUCAAUUACCGAGCUAAGCAUGCUAUCGUUUGGUUUAAUUUGUGUCCUCAAACACCAACAUUUUAUGUUAACAAUGCUUGUUUCUUCAGCCCUUCCUUCAGUGACCUGGAAUGCUCUUAUAGAUUCUUACUGUUAUCCAGCAAAUGCACAGUAGGUUUAGAUAUGCAUGCAACUGUAUUCUAACAUCUCAGAGUGAUUCAGUUUACAUGGUCAUCUGACAAGGCAUGACUUUCUAUUGUAGCUUUACAGUCACUUACUAAACCUUUUAUUUAUGUCCGGAUCUAGACCCUUUUUUUUUAUACAAUGUAGAGAUUCCUAAGUGGUUAUGUGCAUCUUAUAGCACAUGAGACGUACAGGAAUAGGAAGGUGGGGAUUGGCCUCUUGACCUCUACCCAAUCGGCCUAUCAGAUUACUCGGCUUGCCCUAUCCGUUUUUUGAAUCAGUUUAAUUACUAUGCAUACUACCUUCCUCGAAUUACUUGUUUUUGAUUGACUUUUGAUUACUAUUGAUAUCGUUCUGCAAUGUUGAGGGAGAAAGCACGUAAGCAUUGCACUGCACCUUUUAUACCUGCUGUAAACUGUGUAGGUGAUGAAUACAAUUUGAUUUGAGAUUACUUAGUUUGCAGUGGGCAGUUCCCUCAUGGUUUCCCUUGCUUGACCUACCUGUAUUUAUGAGGCAGGUUAGCAUUUUUCAUCAUGAAUCUUGUUCUGGAGGCAGCUCUUAACCCUAGCUUUAACCACACAGAUAACCCUAAUUGAUAACCCUAGCCUUAAAUUAAGACCAACAAGUGAAAUUCUUUCCAGAAAUGUUUACAAUUGCCACUUUUGACUUUGCAGCUAGCUCAGGUCUGCCUCAAGGACAAGACUCAUCCCAAUAAGCGUCAGCCUGCAGUUUUGACAUCAUUUGUGUUGCAGUCAUUUUAGUGAUCCCGUGUUCACAAAAUACAAACCAACAAAAAAAUAUAUUUUAAUGUUUGCACUAACUCUCGUCUGUUUGUAUGAUAAAGUGUAUUUAUAUAUUUCUGUUGAAAAGUGUACAAUCUUAAUUUGUCUGUUUUAACAAGGACUUUCAAUAAAUUGAAUGAAUUGAAAA